UUGACCAGAUAUCUUUAGCUUAUUUCCUGUCAAAGUAUAUUAUUCUUCAUCAAAGUUACUCACUUUAAAGAUACGUUUAGGAAUUAUCAUAUUCUUUAAGAACAAAUACACGUCAAUUAUUGCAAUGGGGACCCAAUGCCCUCUGAUUGUUUUGUUUGUCAAGCUUGAAAAGGUAUUCGCCUUCCAUAUCUGCUGGAUCUAGUGACGUCAUUCAUUAGCAUAGGCCUAACAUGUGGACUUAAAAAUAGUAGUCUAUUUCGACUGUCUCCUCCGGGGUCAUGUCGUCAACAAAAUAUGUACUUCACAUCAUAAUCAUGUUUGACAUGCUCUUGAUCAUUCGUGAUGUGCCAUAACAUGUUUAACAGUUGACGAUUACAUUGAACAGUUUCUUCAGAUUUCAACAUUUUUCGACCACUUCUGAUAAUUUGAUUUGUGAAAAAGACAUAAAGAAGUGCCUUUGAUUUAUUUUCUUUUGGACAAUAGCUGUGCAAUUUUAUUUUGACAUCAUGAAGGCUAAUAAUUUUCGUGAUCAAGUGAGUUUAGUGACUAAUUGGUUUAAUAAUUGGAGUGAAUGUGAACAAACAGUAGCCCUGUAUUCACUGCUGAAAAAACUGACUCUAACACAAGCCAAAUUCCUUGUUCAAGUUUUACAACAAAGUUUAUUGGACUGUACAGAAAUUCAAACUUUGGAAAAGAAGGCCAAUGAUCCAGAAAUUGUCAGUCAGCUAAACAAUGAAGCUAAGGACAAAGUUAUCUCAAAACUGCUGCAGUAUCUGCCAUUACUUCGUUGUGGUAAUAUGGAGGCCAAACGUGAAUAUUUAGCAAUUAUUCAUAGUGCUUUAUCCUAUUGUAUUGAAAAAGGUGUUGAAAUAGAAGAAAGUCGACAGCUUUUGUCAUAUUCUCUCAUUCAUCCUGCCAUUACAGCUGAUGAGAGAUCUAAGUUUCGUAUGUGGUUAGGUUAUUUAGAGGAACGAUAUACAUACAGUAUCAAUAACACACGACAAAAUCAGUUACAAGAACUGGGUUCAACAUAUUCUCAAGAGGCAACAGCCAGUCAGUUAGCACCUAACAAUUUGUGUAGCUCUGAUUCCCUCUCUCCUUCUAGUAAUGAUCUUCAACAAGAUGGAAAACAGCAGACACAGUCUGCAAAUGCCAUGGACCCAAGCCAACAAGAUGCAGGCUUGCCCCCUGAAAGCGAAAGGAACAAUGGAUUGUCUCAAAUGGCACAAAAUAGCUCAUAUUUUACGGACACAGUGUCUCAAAUUGCCAGUGAAAAAUUCAUUUUAGAAAAUUCACAAAAGAAUCCUUGUCAUUUUCCAGACAGUAGUGUAUCCCAGCCACCACUCCACACUGUCCAUAACUUUGGUGAUGUAAAUCAGUGGUGUCCGCAAACUGCUUCCCUACCCAAUAAAUCAGGACAAUCUAAUAAUAGUGGUGGCUGGAAUAAUCAACUCAAUCAAAGUCAGCUUAAAACAGUAGCAUGGAGUAAUCGCACAAAGUCUUUACCUAAUUCUAGUACCAGUAAUCAGUGGUCCACUCAGGGACAAUCUUCUGCUAACUCUGAGGCACAUUGGAACAGAAGUCUGGUGCAGUUAGAUCAGAACUGUGCUGCCACUGACCCCAGUAACAACUCAUUGUUUGUAAAUAGUGGUUUUGGUCACCUGCAAGCUAACAGUACUCAGGGGGUUAAUAAAAUGGGUCUUGGUCCGAAUAGUGGCAGUGGACAUUUACCCUUACAUGCAACACUGUCAGCUCCACCUAAUUUUAGCUGUCCAACAUCAUCAUCAUCGGCAAGAGGUGGAAACACUUCAACAACAAACAACAAUAAUAACAAUCAGCAUGCUUCUCUUCGGAGAACAUGCUCCAUUGCACCACCUGGCCUUCCAAAUUGUGCCCCCAAUAUGGAAAAGAAUGUUUCAGAUUGGCUGCAGACAAACAAUGGACAUUUAUUACGCCAGUCCCAUUUGGCACCAGAUCAUGCUCCACUAUCUCCACAAAGUAGCAUGUCAUCAUCUGGAAGUGGUAGUGACCAUUGUCCAGAACAGACUACAGAAACCAAUCCCACAGACCACAAUAACACAGAGGAUGAAAACUCUUCGGCCAGAAACAGUUUCUCUGAGAAAACUUCUGGAAUGCAAGAUGUACCGGCCUGGUUGAAAGAAUUAAGAUUACAUAAAUAUGCCAAUAUAUUUAAACAAAUAGAUUAUAAUCAAAUGUUUGAACUGACAGAAGAAUAUCUAGAAGAGCAGAAUGUUACUACCGGUGCCAGACAUAAAAUAAUACAGAGUAUUGCCAAGUUAAAAGACCGGCAAAAAAACUUAAUUCAACUUGAGAAGGAUAUAAGUAAUGAUAAACCACUGAUGACUAUAUUAGGAGAGAUGGAAUCUAUUAUUGUAACACCUAUCAUACCUUAUGAAGCUAAGGAGACUGAAUCACCUGCUACUGUAGAUAAUAAAGGUAUAUCUGCUGAUAUACCAGAUGGUGAUAUACCUAGUCAAUUUACUAGAGUUAUGGGGAAAAUAUGUACAGCUCUAUUGAUAAGUCCCAAACCUUAUUAUUAUGGUUUUCAAUGGUAUAUUAACAUCAUCAAUAAAUGUCUUAGACAUACAGCAUUUACACAACGUCAUAAAAGUUUACUGUUGUCAUGGAAAUGGUCAUGUAAGAAAGUAUAUAAUCCACCAUAUCCUCCUAAUAAUGAUCAGGCAUGGAGAAGAUCUGGAUGUAAACCACCAUCUAAUCAGUUUAGAUAUGGUCAACCAUGGAAUACAUCAUCACGUCGUUCUAUACAAGGUGGUACAACUAGUAACAAUCAUACACCGUUAUCACGUAUUAGUUCAGCUAAUCCCAGUUUUAUGAAACCUGGUGUUAUGGAGCAGAUGAAACAACAAGUAACAAGAACUCAUUCAGCACCUGUGCGAGGUCAGGUUUUAUCAGUUUCACUUACAGCUGGUGAUAUGGCAUCUAAUGAUACAGAAAUAAAUGCUAGUUUAGAUUCACUGUGUAUCAGUAUGACAGAACAUGCACUGGGUAGUCUAGAUGGCGCAGAUAAAAGUUCAACUUUUUAGAAAGUAAAUCAAUUUAUGUAUAAAUAGAUACUGGUACAAGUGUAUAAAAACCAAGAGGAAAAUGAUAUCACUGUUAAAACACAGACAUACCAUGAUAUUAUUACAAUGGAUGGAAGAGAUGUCAAGAUUGUAAUAAUAGUGUUUAACAGACAUGUACAUAUAGAUUUGUGUUUUCUUGUAUCAAGAACAAAAAAAAAAAACCCAACAAAAUAUUUUAAAGAUGUGAAUAGUUAUAGGACAGUGAGUGUCCACUUUAAAGCUGCUGAAAAUUUCAAUGCAUAAUUAGUUAUUUUCAUAAAAUAUCUUGAGACAAAAUUGACUAAUAUUUUGAGGUAUGUGACAUUAUACUGUCUACAGAUAUGUAAGUAGUGAUACUAAUCGCAGGUUGUUUUUAGUUGUAUAUAGAUAUUGUAUUGUGUUAACCUGCCUAAUUCGUAUAGUCAUUAUAGAAGACGACAUAUUAUUUUGUUAUCUCUGUCUUGUAAUAGUUAGAGAUUACAUACACUCCAGUCUUCAACAAAACUUUUCAAAAAGUGAAUAGAUGAUUAUAGUUAAUUCAUCAGUGUGUGAUUUUUGAUAUGUAAUGUUAAUGAAUAGUGCCUUGAUUUAUCCUGUAUUAUGUUCUCUCUUUGUACAUAUAAUGAAAUUUGAAAAUUUAUAUUUAGAAUCAAUUACUUGAUUUAUUAGACUUACUAAUUGUAUUUACACUUUUUUGGUAGAGAAAUUUCACUGGUAAGAUUUUUAGUUGGUGUUAACCAAAAUAUAUUAUAUAGAUAUAUAAUAUGUCGUAAAUUGAACAAAUGGAAGUGUUUAUUGUUUUUGGGAUUUGUGUAAAAUUUACAGAUGAGAUUAAUAUUAUUCUGAUUGGUACACAGAGAAGAUUGUGUUAAUUAUGCAUAAUUGAUUAAUCAAUCGUUUGCAUGUUCCAGGGUGCAAAUUUCAGAAAGAGACACACUGGGAAUGUUAUAGUUUCGGAUAUUUUUCUUGCGUUUAAUGAACAAAUCACCAAGAUUGUUUUAGAGUUGUAGUUAUGACUUGUGACUACGAUAGCCAGACGUACUGGGAUUUGUAAACAAGGAUUAGUGAAAUGAUUUCUGUUUCUCAGCAUAAUCUGACCCUUUUUAUUUUGUUAACUAACAUCUUUCGAGAUCAGAUGAAAGAGAAUGUGGAAUUACAGUCAAUGGUCGUUCAUUUUGUUUUUGUGUGUAUCAGAUGACUUGUUGCUUUUAUAUAUUAGACAGAGAUGUAGGUAUUAUUCCGAUUUAUAUUAGAGAGAUAUUUAAUCUGUGCCGAUUUAUUUAUGGUUAACAAUGAGAAGUUCUGUAUUUUUAACCUACGAGAUGUUUGCUUAUUUUUUGAAGAGAGACAUAUUUUGGCCAAAUUGUUUUGUAUAUAUUUGUAUAUAUUUAAGUGCGGCUAAUUUCUGCCAAUGCCUUUAGCGUUUUGGAAUGUUUUUGCUCUGUGCUAACUUUUCCUCAGCAGAGUAAUACAUCUCUUAUUAUAAGAUUUUUUUAUAAAAACAAAAUCACGUUUUGCACCUAGAUAAAUCAACAAUGUUAAAUAUUGAUCAGUAUGUAGAAUUUUUUUUUGGGAAGGUUUAAUGAAUGUACUCCAGUAUAUCUAUAACUUCUAUAUAUGUACCGAUGUAUCUACAUACAUUGUAAUAUUUACAUUAUCAUCCUCUUCAUCAUCAUUUUCACCAUUUGACUGCUCAUGUUAUUAACUUUGCUCGAGAUAGAAAAUUUUAAAUGAAGAAAUCAAUUAAAGUGUGUUGAAGAAAUGAUGUGGGGAAGGAAAUAAAAAAAUCAGUUAUCCCCCCUUGCCAUAAAUUAAAAGAAAAAUUCUUGAAAUCAACCUUCAGUAGUCUUUAAAUAAUUGAGACUAUUGAUUAAGAAAUUAUAUUAAAUAAGAAUUAUUGAUAUUUAUGCUUACUUCUACAUCUUUUAUUGAAAACAACACCAUUUUGGUGUUCUUGGCUCAAUGUGCAGACUGCCGAUGCACGUCUAUUUCAAUUCAUAUUUUAUCUAUUAACAACAGGUUAUAAAGAUAAGAUAAUGUUUAAGAAUUCUAUUUGUUAUUAUUUUAUAUUAGUUUGAGUGAAGAAUUCCAUACAGCCUGUUGAAAGUUUUUAGGUAAAUGACCUCGGGUUAAAUUUGUGUAAAUAUUUCCGUCCAUAUUGUUUAUGAAAUUGUCAUAGCUGUAGACAUGAAGUGUAAUUUACAGCAUGUCAGUUAAUAAUGCUAAUCUGUAUUAUCUUUGUAAAUUGACUGAUAAAUAUUUUGAACAAUGUCUUUAGGAUGUACGACAAAGCAGGAGCCUUUUUUUCGUGGUUCUUAAUUUGAUUUUUGACACUGUCCAAGUUAACUUUAAUUUUAAAUUUAAAGUUGAGGAUACGUUUAUCUAAUCUGAAAUUAUUGUCAUCCAGUCAUACAAAUUGUGCAUGAAAUAUUUUUCAUGUUACCUGAUAAAAGUUAUAGAUCACAACUUAUAUAUUAGAAUUGCAGUUCAAAAAUUUACAUCAUGAUUUCCUAAUUUACAUUGUGAUUUCCUAAUUUACAUUGUGAUUUCCUAAUUUACAUCAUGAUUUGAAAUACUUGUCAUGAUUUGAAAAUACUCUGUCUAAAAAUCUUGCAAAGUAUGGCGAUUUAACAUCUAUCAUUAAAUAUACCCGACAUAAUCUAUGAAUAUGUUUCUUAUAAUGAAAGUGUAAAAUUAAAAGCAUAAUGCCUAAUUGUUGAAAUAUACAUGUAUAAUUGUUGUGUAUCAGUGGACAUUUAUUUUUAAAAUGUGCAUGAGGAAAAUUAUUUUUAAAUUUAAGUCUUCAACAAAAGAGAUCUAUACAAAGUGCUGCUAAAAAAAGGAUAAUAUAUACAAAAUCUUUUAAUAUUGAUUUGUAAAUAAUUGAAUAAUAAACAUGUACAUGAUUAAUUGUCAUCCUUCCCUUCAUCCCACUCAUCUCUCUUGCAUUCCAAGUAGACAUUAUUUCUAGUGGCCUAAAACAACACAAUGUAUAUUACUUUAUAGCUAGUUACUGCAGGUACAGUGACAAUCAGUUAAUGUCAAUCUCCUAUAUGUAUGUUAUUUAUUUUCAGUUUAUUAUUGUAUUGAAAAUUACUUGUCCCAACAAAUAUAAGCAUAAAUAAUUGUCGAAUCAAAAAAGUGUUACUUCCUGAUCCAUUCAUAUGUGGUAACCUUAUAAGAGGUUACACUGUAUCUAUCAAAAAUCUAUCAAAAACACAGUAACACAGAAACACACAGUUUACAAUCUAUGAAAUAUAACUACUGUUUAUUAAUGAGCAACGGUUGAACUAGUAAUUAAAACCUCGUACAGUAAUAAACAGUAAUUAUAUUCCAUAGAAUUGUGAACUGUGUAUUUCCAGUUCAAUUACUAAAUACCAUUUAAAUAAUUGUACAAGGAAGUCUGAAAAAAUUUUAAAAGGCUUACUAUUUUUUGCGAAUUCAAAACUAGAAUGUCAAAUAAUACUACUAGUACUAUAGGAUGUUAAGUUUACUAUUUGGACAUAUCUGAUUCAUGGUCACAUUUUCAGUAUCUGUUUGAUCAUGAAACAAUAACCUUAAGAAUCUUUUCUUUCACUAAAAGUACAUUAUCUUUCCACCAUCAAUACAAAAAAAAAAUAAAUUUCAUUCAUUUCAUUUUAUCAUUCACCUUUUUGAUACAAAAAAAAUGGUAGUUUAUAAUAUGCUAGUAAAAACUUUAUAGCUUUAAUUAAUUAAUUGAAUAAUUAAUAUCUCUUUGACCAUGUGCUUUAUGUGGGGGUUUCACUUAUUUUCAGUUGCCUUUUAAAAUUAUUUUUAUCAUUUUACUUCUUUGAUAAUAAUUAUGUAUCAUGUAUGGUAAUUUAUAUAUAUUAUUAUUAUUAUUACUCUUUUUAAAGUGACAGGAUUCUGAGAAAUCUUGCAACUUCCAUAGUUUGUUGAUUAGCUCAUUAACAAUUAUUGAAUGUUCAUUUGAUUAAUUGGUGGCAGAUGUAAUUAUUAUGAUUAUUUGUAAUUUUGUUUGGUUAAUUAAUUAGUUGAGAAAUAUAUAUGUGUAUAUACGUAUAUAUUGUGCUGGUACACAAAGGCUUGGUUGCCGUUUUUAUUCUGUGUUUAGUUUUGUUUGUAGCAUUUUGUAUGCGUGUGAUGUUUUUACACUAAAUAAUAAUAAUAAUAACUUGAAAAAUAUAUUAGAUGCUUAUUCUUAUUAAAACUUUAACUGUUAGAACUCAAAUGAACUAAAUUCAGUUGUCAAUGCAUUGUGUUUCAUUCGAAAGCUUCAGAAACUCUACCUUGGAAAUGAUGUAAUUUUUGACACUUUUCACCACCAACUGUCAUGCAAGAGUAUAAUUUUAAAAAACGUCAUAAUAAUAUGCUGUAGAAUAAACAAAGAAGGGUCCUUCUUUAAAUAAAAUAAAGCAGCUUCAAUAACUGCCAAUAAGAAGAAUCUCAUCACUGAGAACAUACCAACUAAUUGUAUCUAUGUUGUUUCUCUUUACUGUUAAAUCAUUUUUAUUAGAAAGUUGGAAUUUCCAUUCUAGUUGAUUAGUUUAAGAGAGUUUUUUAAAAUAAUGUUUAUUGAAACAAUUUGUAUUUUGUCUAAUUAUGUUUCAUAUUAUACAUGUAUCCUUUAUGAUUUGAAUGUGCUAUUAGAUAUUUGUAUGUCAUUUCACAUCCUUUUUUUAUUUGAAAAUAAAAAGCUAUAACUAUUUGUAUGUUAUAUCUGGAACAGCAAACAAGCAUCAAUCCAUGUCAGUUCAGAAAAUUUUGAUAAAUUUGACGAAUGUUUUUGACAUGCACUGUAUAUGAUUGAUUAUAAAUUAGUUCAUAUUUAAAAGAGAAAAACAGUCCUUGGCAAGUUACAUAAAAAAAACCACCAAAAUAUACUUAGCUAAAUAUACUUAGCUCUGCAGUAUUUAAAAUAUUUUUAUCUUGACACUAAGGCUAUAUAGUAUUAUUUUUGUCUUGACACUUAAGGCUUUAUAGUAUUAAAAAAAUCUGUCAACUAAAUAUUCUUGCAGAUAUAUAAUGGAUGUUAAACAUAAUUAGACAAAGUACUAAAUUUCAUAUUGAAUAUUUAACCAAUGAAAUUUUGCAGUUUGAUUUCUUGAGAGGUUUUUUAUAGAUACAAACUUUUGUUGAUGGUAAAUUCACAUGCUGAAAUAAGUAAUAUUUCAUAACAUUUUCAUCACAUAAAUACAUUAUACUGCCAAAAACUACUCUAAUUAGUAAAUAAAUAAAUUGUACAUAUUAGUCGCUGUUGUAUUUGUACUUAUUAUAGGUCAGAACAUGGUUGUAUUACUUGCAUUUAUUUUUAAAGUCAUUAUUUAUAUGUUAAUACGUGUAGACCAUAGCUUUUUGUGGAUGUGAAUGAACUAUCAUAAAGGUUUGUAUCUAGACAGUUUGUUUUAAAUUUAUCUGUUUAUUCUAUGUUCUGUCAUGUUCUUUAUAAGUGAGUGAUUGAAAUAUUAUAUAGAUAAUUGUUAUCAAGUUUCUCAUUGUCUGUUCAUAGUUACAAUUCAGUAUGUUGCAUUUGCGGGAUAUUUGGAAAAAUAUAAAUAUUUUAUU